ACCGGGCAGCCCAAAACCGCACUUGGGUUAAACCGCUUUUGGCCGGGUAUAACUUGUAAGUGUAUAAGAAAUGGUGGCUCUAAUAUCAAUAGAAGUUCAAAUCUUGAGCAAAGGUUUUUGAUUUUUGUAAAACGGACUUUUCAUGUUGAUUGACCAAACUUUCAAUUGAUUCUACACUUUAUGGCGUUUAACCCCCUACACAACUCGAAUAAUACAAAAAGCUCCAACAAAAUUGAAGCACCCAACGACAGUAGACAGCUGCACAUGGCGCGGAAGGUGUUCGACAAAAUGCCUAUGUGAAAUUGAUUCCGAUCACGUUAACCAUUUGCCCCCAAUCAGGAAAACACGCCGUGAAAAACAAGCUUGGGAGGUGAGGAACGCUACUAUCUACAACUUAACUGAUCUCAGUUUUGACUUUCUAAUCCGAACCAAGUGCUCCUAUACAUCUCAUAACUUCAAGUACAUACAUACAUACAUAGAGGUGUAUCUGAGAUCGAGAAAUGUUGAGGCGACCCAGUUUACUGUCAACUUUUUUGUCGGCGGCCAAACCAUCUCUGCUUAAUCAGGUGGCAUAUGGAUUGAGUUUUCUUGAAGCAUUCAGCACAACAACAUUCCUGAAACCGGCAGAAGGUGGAAUCCUGUCAAAAGCAAGGACUCCAAGCAUUAACUUUGUAUUAGGAGGCCCUGGUGUUGGAAAGGGCACUCAAUGUGCAAGGAUUGCUGAGAGGUAUGGAUUCACACAUCUAAGUGUUGGAGAUUUACUGAGAAACGAAAUAUCUUCCAACACUGAAUAUGGUGAAAUGAUUUUGGAGACAAUUACAAAAGGGAAAAUUGUUUCUUCAGAAGUGACAGUGAAACUGCUAAAACGUACCAUUGAAUCUAAUGAAACGGAUAGAUUCCUAAUCGAUGGUUUCCCAAGAAGUGAGGAGAAUCGUGUGGCUUAUGAACAGAUUAUUGGAAUAGAACCGGGAGUUGUACUUUUCUUUGACUGUGAUGAAGAGGAGAUGCUGAAACGAGUACUACAUCGUAAUCAGGGGAGAAUUGAUGAUAAUAUUGAUACCACAAUGGAACGACUUAAAGUGUUUGAAGCUUAUACUUUACCUGUUAUUAAAUACUACACUGAGAAAGGGAAGCUUUACAAGAUUAAUGCCAUAGGAACAGAAGACGAAAUCUUUGAACGAGUUCGGCCUAUUUUUUCAUCCCUACAUACACCAUGAUGCCCAAGAGAAAAAAAACAUUUUUUGACAAGGUUGUUUUUUUAGUUUGACAAACCUAUGUCAUUAAAAUAUUGCCUUUCUAAAGAUGAUGGAAAAUGUUGUAAUAUCUGUGUGUGUCAAUAAAUCAAUCUUGGACUGGUUAUAGGGGAAAUAAGAAUCUCUGUAUUUUGUUAUUUGUUAGGGAAAAUAACACAAAAGCCAUUGUUGUGUGGUUGGGGCUAAGUUGUAUUAAAACCAUUGUUGAAUCUGAUGAUGCUCAAAUCCUCUUCUAUA